AUGAAAUACUUUAUGGACAAAAAAUGGAGAAAUGAAUUUGAUUGGACAUAUAGCUACAGAUCGGAUUCAGAUAUAUAUCUGCCAUACGGAGAAUUUGCACGAAGGAUCUUACCGGCAGUAAAAAAUUAUUCUAGUAUCUACAGAAAAAAGAAAAAAAAUAUUGCCUGGGUAGUAAGCGACUGUAAAUACCGUUAUUCAAGAAGCAAAUACGUAAUAGAGCUGAAAAAAUACAUCGACGUUGACGUAUAUGGAAAGUGUGGCAAACCAUGUUCAGCUUGGAAUGACGACGCAUGUUUCAAAAAUUUAAGUGGUGAUUAUAAAUUCUAUUUGUCGUUUGAAAAUUCUCUUUGUGAAGACUACGUUACGGAAAAAGCAUUUCGGUUGUAUCAAGAGGACUUCGAAAUAAUUCCAGUUUACCGAGGGGCACCAAAUGUGAAGGAUAUUUUGCCUACAGGGACUUUUAUAUCAACGCUAGAUUUCAAAUCACCAAGGGAGCUCGCUGUAUAUUUGAAAUAUGUUGCUGACAAUGAAAGUGUUUAUUGUAAUUAUUUAAAAGCGAAAGAUAAGUUCUGGGCAAGUCCGUAA